AAAAACUGGUUUUAAACCAAACGUUGCAAAUCAUCCGUUUUAAGUAUCCCAUUUCAGCUAUGUAGAGCAAACACUCUUAUAUUUUGGCUUUGUUUAUAAAACAGAAUAAAAGAAACGAAUACCACUAACCUCAAACACAGAUAUAGACAUAAAAUUUCCAAUAAACGUGGAAAUAUUAUACCGAUAAAAAUUUUACUCUUGUCGUUAAGAAUCACUUUUUUGUUACAUAUCUUUCAAAAUAACGUCAUGGUGUUGUUUACGAUGAAACUUUUAGUUUUAACGUAGAUUAUUUGCUCGAAAAACAAAAACAUUAACGUCUGUAAGACUGCGUUACUAUGCUGCAUUUAGUUUUAUCAUGAAUUUGAAAUGGAUUUUUUACUCAAUUCAUAUUAUUUGUUUUACGUUUAUCUCUUUCAAACGAGCAACAUCAGAGAGUUAUGAAUUACAAUUAGUUCAAAUGCUCUAUCGCCAUGGUGAUCGUGCUCCCAUAUUACUAUACCCAAAUGAUCCGAAUGAAGAGCAUGUUUGGCCGGAUGGUUUAGGAAAGUUAACACAGCUUGGCAGACAACAACAUCACAAUUUAGGACAUUUUUUCAGAACAUACUAUCAAAACUUCAUGAAUUCAGAUCCAUCGGAGAUCAACGUUCUCUCUACAGACACAGCCAGAUGCAUUGAAAGUGCCAAAUCCAAUCUUGCUACAUUCUAUCCUUUAUUUGAAGCUGUGGAAUUUAAUAAGCAAACAAGCGAACAGCAAGUACCUAUAUUUUUUAUACCCGGUAAAUUUGAUCAGUUUUUAGGUAUAAAUGUACACUGUCCUAGAUAUUUUGUUGAAGAAAUGAGAAUUUUGGACGAUGAAGGAAUAUCAUUCUAUUUCAAACACUGGAAAAUGUUCAAAUAUUACUCAAAUCACAGUGGAAGAAAAAUAACUGACUGGAAGUCGGCAUUCAUGCUUUUCGAUACUUUGUCUAUUGAAAAAAAGUAUAAUCUCAUUGUUCCUGAAUGGGCACACAAGUACUGGUCUGAAUUAGAAGAAAUAGCUGAUUCGGCAUACCACACAUGGCUGAAUACAGAUACAAUUCUGCGCCUUCGCGCAGGUCCUUUGAUCAAGUUAAUGAUUAAAAAAAUGAGACUCAAAAUUGAAGAAAGCGAACCUCACUUAAAAUUUCAAGUAUUUGCUGCUCAUGAUUCUAACAUAGCGUAUAUUUCUAAUGCAUUGAAUUUGAAUAUUCGAAAACGACCGCCCUAUUGCGCUACUCUGAUAUUUGAGUUAUACAGAAGACAGAAGGAUGCCUACUUUGUUCGAAUACUCUAUUUAAACUCAACUCAACCAGAAACAGAUAUCGGUAGUCCUCAUGUGUUAUCAUUGGAUGGAUGCGAAGAGUUUUGUCCUUUAGAAUAUUUCAUUCAAUUCACGAAACAUUUAAUUCCAGAGGACUUCUUAAGAGAAUGUGAGAUCCCUACUUCUUUACCUGAAGAUUCCAGACGAGGUAUCGAUAUGAGUAGCCAAGGUGUGAUGUUGACAGUCAUUGAAAUUGUUGCUGCCUUAAUAAUACUAACAAUGCUCUGUUUCCGAUUUAGAAAGUUCUUGGUUCGUAGGAAGAAUUUACUUAAAUAUGCAUCCUAUCAUCUCAAACUAUAGAGUGGCUGUCUUGUCAGAGUUAUUCUCAUUUUGUACAGAAACAAUGUAACUGUAACUUCAUUCUUAUUGCCAAUAAAAGAUAAAUUAAUCCAUAAAA